AGGGCCCUCAUGACUGCUUCAACUCCAUUUGGUAAAUAUCGUCCAAAGUAGUGCCUCUGCUGUGUAAUUAGUUCCCUCGCAUGCACGCAUUGCAAAGUGGUCGGACGUCUCGAGGUUCUGCCAUUCGUCACUUGGCUGGCCAGUGUAGGUAGUAAAAACGUUACUUCUUCUAAAAUGAGAGACGCACUUCUUGCGUCAACCUUAUGCACGAUGUUGUAGAGACGCAUUCAUCGCAGUCGCACUUGUACAUCUCCGGUUGGCGCCAGCAACUUGAUACGCUGCUUCCCGCUAGUUUACAUAUCAGCCACAAAAACAAGUCACGUCCACCACCGUAGCCGCGCCCAGGGUUAUUUGCUAAGCUUGCGCCUUCUCUUUGUUCGCCGACCGAACGCGCAAACGCAUCAUGGAUGGACAUGAAAAAGAACAACGCGAAUGAAGACGGGCGGCUGGUGGAGGUCUUCGGAAGCGUCGAUGCGGGUCCGGUGCGCACGCUCACGGUAGUGAGCACGCCAGUGGAGCUUCCGCCCGCCGAGGACCCGCCGUCCGCGACGGCUGCGAGCAGCUCUCGGGUAGUUUCCGACCGGCAGAAAGUGGUGCAGUUCGAGUCCUCGUCGGGCAUCGUCAUCCAAAACGGCCUCGCGACUGUCCCCACGACCUCGACGUCGGCCAGCAGCGCGCCCGGUGUCGCAAGAAGCUCCUCCGAGGCAUCUUCCAUCUCCUCCAGCACUGCUCUGGUGCCCGGCCGAGGAAAAGCCGAACAACAUGUGGUAGAAGGAGCACCAACGUCCACGCGACCGUCUUCGCCGCAACCAAUAUCCUCGGCGUCCGCGGGGGGCAGUAAGAAACUCGCGUCCGAGCUUGCGCCACCGGUCGCCGCGACAGUGUACGGGGUUCCGGUCGCGAACGCAGAGGAGCUCGAUUUGCGAGGGCAGACGGCCGACGGGGUACUCGCACCUACCCCGAUUGCUGCCGGUCUCGUCACCAGCCCACCCAGUACCACCUCCCCGGACCCGGGGUCCACCUACGGUGGCUCCCCUCUUAUCAAGCGCGAGCUAUUUCCGCCGGACACCUUGAACUCCGCGGCACCGCAAACCCGCACGGACGGGACGCUCGGACCGCACGCAACCGCGCUGGCUAUCGACGGCGAGGAGGACCGGCAAACCAUCACCGGUGAAGUAGUAAACGGCGAUACAACUACCGGCGUGCGCGCUGCAGUUGCGCGAUACUACCGCUGGGCCCGCGCCAAAGUGAUGGGGCGCGACACCACCGGCUCCGUUCCCGAGGAAUACGGGCUGCGACAGGUCGAUGACUACUCCGGCCGAAGUCCCGAGCCGCCGGGCGAGCACGAAGCUUUCGGUUUGCUCGAGGCAAACACCAAGCGCAGCAGCAGCCUCGAAGACCGGCUCAGCGACGAGGAGAACAAGGGCGCCUCGCCACAGCUGACCAUUCGCCUGGUGGCCGCCUGUUUGUUUCAGCUGCCGAUGGGCAUCAUAUGGAGCACCAUUGGGCUCAUCGUUUUGCCCUACGAGGCGGAAAAGUUCUACCCGAAGGCGCACUCCGGCUUUCUCGGCGUACUGCUCACGAUCGCGGGCACGAGUCAGGUGAUAUCGCCGAUCAUCGGUCGCCUGUCCGAUGACCACCGAUCCAUCUUCGGGCGACGCCGCCCCUUCAUGAUCUACGGGACGCUCCUGACUGCCAUCGGGGUAGGGGGGCUCAGCUACUGCUCCGCACACGUCUUGGUGAUCAUGUAUGCAGUGUCGCUCUUCGUCUCGCAGGUACUUACUCCUCCUCCUUCUGAUAUCGGUGGUUGUUGAGUAGAGCACUUCUUUCUUUUCAGGUGGGACUGUGAAUAGUUUUUCUCUAGUACUUCAUCGUCCCUGCAAAUUCUCACUGUCGAGGAUUUUUCUCACGAACGCUGCACGACCUCUGCUAAAUUUCGCACAGGUGGGACUGAACGUGAUCUAUUCCGCUACGGUGCUUGGGCUGGUGCCCGACACGCUGGAGGCGCAGGGGCUGGGUACCAACAACGCGUCAGCCAGUGGGAUAAUUGCCAUUUUUCAGUUUUUGGGGAACUUACUCGGGAUGUUGUUCAUGAUGGGCACCGCAACGAUGGCCAUGGAAAACGUGUAUCCAUUUUACCUCGUGUCCGUGCUUUUUACCGCCGCCGUCGUCUGGAUCUGCUGUCCCGAAGAAAGCAGUCUGGUACAUCGUGAAGCUAGUUUUUAUGUUUUCGCUCUUCAUUCCAUCAAAACCCUUUGGGUCAACAUGCCAAUACCAGAAGCUGUUUCUACUUGCGUUCUGUAUACAAAAAGUCACUGCGCCUGCUGCGACGAGCCGACUGGGGCAGUAUCAUCUAGGUGAAAACGUGCAUCGUCUAAGUACUUACCGCUACAACUUUGUAAACUUUUUUUGGUUCUUUCUCGUAAAAAAAAUUCCCCCUUUGUCCCUUAAUCCAACAGGGCCGCAAGCGGACCCGGAAAGACGACGGUGGUGGCGCGGCCUUCUACAAGGCCCUUUUGUUCGACGCUAGCAAGGAGCCGGAUUUUUUCUGGGUGUUCGUGGGACGCACGCUGUACUACUUGAGCAUAAGUUGCCUCUCCUUCAUUUACUACUUCGUACGCGACGUGGGGGGAGUGUCCGACGAAACGACACGGAAGUUCUACGUCGCGCUUAUGACCUGCUCAAACGUUACAAUCUCAAACGUUACUAUAGAAUCUGAGACUUGUCUUGCAUGAUCAACAUGACCGACUCGGACAGCGUUCCACUUUUUGCAAUACAAAUUUCGCCAGAUUGUAGUGCGGAUUGGGACUCCAGAACUUGUCAUGCGCAAUCCUGUGGGAGUAGGGUAGAUCAUGCGCUUCUUGCAACACAAAUUCCAGACUCUAUUGUAACGUUUGAGAUUGUAACACCUGACCGGGUUAUAGCGCUCAUCGUCGUCUGCGCACAGAGCACCGGCGCGCUUACCGCCUACCCGGCCGGGGUCUUGUCAGAUUCCGUGGGCAGGAAACGACUUGUGUACAGUGAAUUUGAACAAUAAGAUUUUAUUCUGGAUGGUUUAUAUAGACAAUACGUAACUGUGACUCCUGCUAGCAGCUGUAUUGCUAUUAUGCACGAUGAAAUCGCAACAAGAUAUUCAUGAACACAGGUACCUGUCCUGCGUUAUGAUGGCGCUGUGCUACUUUUGGUACUUGCUGAUACCAUACCUGCCACGCAUCGGCUCUCUGCACUUGCUGCUACUUGGAUCGUGCAUAUACGGAAUUGCAGCGGGAUGCUACAUGAGUGUCGAUUACGCACUCGCGCUGGACUGCCUACCCGACAAAAGCUCCAAGGGCUCCUCCGAGGCACUUGGUAAGAAAUAGAUCAUGUGAAGAACAUCAUGUGUGUCCUCGUUCUAUAAUAUGCGCUGUGCAAAUUAUUUCUACGUUUGUCGCAGUGUCGCGCCAUCAGGUUUGAAACAUCUCGUGUUGACGACCGUGAAAUCGGGUGGCAUACGUUUAUUCCCUGCGCGGUUCGAGUGAAGAGGACUUAUCCCGCCUGAAUACAACAAUCAAACAUUGUCGCAGGUCUUUGGGGCAUCAGCGGGUUUAUCGGCAGUUACAUCGGGCCGAUGGCCGGCGGUAGCCUGUUGGAAGUGUUCGGUGCCACGGCGAAGAAAGACCACUAUUCCUACAUGGGGUACUUUGCACUUCUUUCCGUCGGGGGACUCAUGGCUCUCUUUUCCGCAUGGGUAACGUCUUUCAUCAAAAAAGCCAGGUAGCAUUUGGUCGGGGUCCAAGACAUGACAACUGCAGAUGCACGCACUCUACUCGCACGCGCGCACAACGGGGUAGUAGGUGUUUCGGUAUUUAUGGAGUCGAUAAGCGGCGACUCAGAACCUCCCUGCAGCGCGAGGUCGAGCAACAGUAGACUUGGCAGUGCGCCGAAGGCUGCACGAGGUCGGGCUUCGGACUCUAAAAGUGGCGCCUUCCGGCUGCAAUCAGUAUCCAUGAGAAACUGUCGCGGAAAGCAGAAAUUGAAAUGUACCAAACCGUCUUGAGCAGCACACCAACGAGAUGUUGACCGAACGAACACCAGUGCCGAAUAAAUGCAUCAGCAACGCGGGGUCAGGGCGACAGCAAUAAAAAAUGGCUCAAAUGUACGAAGGACGAAGCAGACCCCGCACGACAGUCCCUGGGUGGUGACGGUAAAAGAUCGGCACAACCAUUAUGUUGAGCAGCUUUUGAAAAUUUUCCACCCUUAGCGUCGCGGACUGUCGUAGAGAAAGCACCGAAUGCCCCCUGUAGCGGUUGGGGAAGCCUCGUAUUUGCAAAUGUACAUGUGUAGGAAAACGAAAACGCGCAGAGAAAAAAGAAAUCGACUGAGUCAUCAACAGUUCUUGCAUGUAAGACUUUUCAAUCCGCCCUCCGACAGGGCGCUGUGACCAC